GUGGGUGUGGGUGCGGUGUACGUAGUGUGUACGUGUGUGGGAAUCUCCACUGUUUAUGCCUCCGAUGCGAUUUUUUUAAGGUUCGUGUGUUUUCCGAAGCGAGAGUCCGACAGCGAACACAAUAUUGAGCACAUCAAACACUGGACACAUAGGACAGGGACACUGGAGAAAACAUCUGCCCCCUCCUCCUCUUUCCUCUCUUUCCUCUCUUCCCUCUUUUCUUCUCCCUCCUCACACUCAUUCUCCGCACUUCUCUCUUCCUCACACCCCUCUCCCAUCCACCAAAUCUGAAGAUCCGCUCAACCAGACCUGAAUCUUCUUGAUCUGCCCCAUUCCCCAUUCUCCAAUCUCAAUCGCGCUCUUGCCUACCAUGGAACUCGCCGCCAAAGCCUGCCCCUUCCUCCGCAACUCCACCCCUUCGGCCCUUCGCUCGCUCUCCCAGCGUCCUGCAAAGACCGCCAUGGCCCCCAACGGUCUCGUUCACAUGGCCCAGCAAUGUCCUGUCAUGGGCAAGGCCAUGACCGUCCAGGCGAGAUCCGCCAUGAUGGCCGGUGGCUGCCCUGCUUCUGCUGGCGCCCGCCACUUCAGCGCCUCGGCUGUCAAGUCCAAGCCCGCCAAGAGCCAGGUCCUUAGCUAUGCCUCUGCUAUCUCCUCCAACGAUAUCAAGGCCUCCGUCCAGCACGAGCUCCACAAGGCCAACCCUGCCCCUGGUGCUGCUUGCCCUUUCAAGCCCGUGGUCCCUGUUUCUCAUGUCGCCCCCACCGCCGGCAAGACCUUUGAUUAUGAGGCUAUCUACGAAGCUGAAUUGGACAAGAAGCACCACGACAAGUCCUAUCGCUUUUUCAACAAUAUCAACCGUCUCGCCCAGCGAUUCCCUCGCGCCCAUACCGCCAAGAUCGAGGACGAGGUCACUGUCUGGUGUUCGAACGACUACCUAGGCAUGUCUAAGAAUCCUGUCGUGGUCGAGACCAUGAAGGCAACUCUGAGCAAGUACGGUGCCGGUGCUGGCGGUACCCGCAACAUUGCCGGUAACGGUGCCUUGCAUCUAGAGCUUGAGGAGGAACUGGCGUCUCUGCACCGCAAGCCUGCUGCCCUGGUUUUUUCGUCCUGCUAUGUCGCCAACGACGCCACGCUCAGCACCCUCGCCCAGAAGUUGCCCAACUGUGUCAUCCUCUCAGACGCCAUGAACCAUGCCUCCAUGAUCCAGGGCAUCAAGCAUUCGGGUGUGAAAAAAAUGAUCUUCCGUCACAACGACACCGCUCACCUCGAGGAGCUUCUCCAGACCCUUGACCCCUCGAUUCCCAAGAUUAUCGCCUUCGAGACCGUCUACUCUAUGUCUGGCACAAUCGGCAAGGUCAACGAUAUCUGUCGCCUGGCUAAGAAGUACGGUGCCAUUACCUUCCUCGAUGAGGUACACGCCGUAGGCAUGUACGGUCCUCAUGGUGCCGGCGUUGCUGAGCACCUGGACUUUGCCGACAACCUGAAUCGUCCUCUGGAUAGCCCCGUCAAGAAUGUUAUGGAUCAAGUCGACAUCAUCUCCGGCACUCUCGGCAAGGCCUUUGGUGUCGUCGGCGGCUAUAUUGCUGGAUCGGCUGCCUUGGUCGAUAUGAUUCGCUCCUAUGCUCCCGGCUUCAUCUUCACCACCUCUCUCCCGCCUGCCAUUGUUGCCGGUGCUGCUGCCUCGAUCCGCUAUCUGCGCAACUCUCCCCACGAGCGCAUCGGCCAACACACCAACACUCGCACUCUCAAGGCCCACCUGGCUGCUUUAGAUAUCCCAGUCGUGCCCAACCCCUCGCACAUCGUCCCAGUUUUGGUUGGAGAUGCCGAGAUCUGCAAGGCUGCUUCGGAUGAGCUCCUGCGCUCGCACAACAUUUACGUCCAGAGUAUUAAUUACCCCACUGUUCCUCGCGGCGAGGAGCGCCUCCGCAUCACCCCCACCCCCGGCCACACCGAGGAGAUGAUGGGUCACUUGGUCCGCUCUCUCGAGAGUGUCUGGCAGCGCAAUGGUCUGAAGCGCACCACUGAGUGGAAGGCCACUGGAGGCCGUGCUGGUGUUGUCGAGGGUGCCGUCGACCCUGCGCCCAUCUGGACAGAUGCUCAACUGAGCCUUUCUUCGCAGGUUCUCGGCGCCACCAAGCCUUUGGUCGGACAGACCCUCGGCGAGUCUCUGACCAGACAUGCUUCGGUCGCGCAGCUUUAAAGCCCAAGCUAGAUCUGGUCCUCCUUUUUGUCACCGAUCGUCUCAGAUGGGUCGCAUUUUGGUAUCAACAUAUUCGCUUCCUCAUGCUGUUCUCUUUGCAAUUCUUUGUUAUAUUGUUCCACCAAUGUCUGCCAGCCGUGAACUGCUAUAAUAAAAAGGGAGAGCGAAUCGAAUAUG